UCUCAUCCUUGCGCUCGGCUCUGCUUCCUUGUUUUCGGCGGCCGCCAUGGCCAUGCAGUCAGGACUCCGAACGCGUCUCCGGGAUUGAUGUGCGGAACUUCUUUCGCUGGAACCAGGUGACUGUGCUCCAGGAGGACGGGACGCUGGCGGAGUACGUGCAUAUCGCUCCUGGCAGCGCCUCCGCGGCGGGCAUCUGUGUGGGUAGCCAAGUGCAGCGAGGACAGAAGCUCUGCUGCUCCGGGGACGUUGGCUUCUGCCCGCGGCCGCACCUGCACCUCGAGGUGCACCUGGAAUCGGGCCGCCGAGCGCCCUCGGUGCCCUUCGGCUUCGAGGGCGCCGCGGGGCCCUACCGCUGCGAGGAGGGCGGGCUCUACGCGCCGGACGGCCCCGCGCUCUGAGGCGCGCGCCGGAAAGGUGCGCUCGAGCCG